GAGAGGAGACAUGACAAGGCCGUGAGAAAUGAAAGUGUUGUUUUUUCUUCUCUGUAUGUUAUUUCUCUGUUUUUUGGGUGGCGACACAGAUGUUCCUGACAACAGUGGCAAGGAAUUCAUCAUAGGUUUUAUGGACAAUAUUGUCAUCCAAAGUUUGAACGUAUUUCUCACCACCAACAAUCCUGCCACAGUUCAAGUCAGGAUCUCUGCCCAUCCCAACCUGUUGAACCUUCUUCCACUUCAAAGCAGAACGGCAAACGUAAGUCGCGGCUCAGUUACGAAGGUUGACAUCCCAAUAAGCUUUGCCAUGAAGACCACAUACAAACAGUUUAAUGGUUUGUUUUUAUCAUCAGAUGACGAAUUCAUACUCUACGGCUCCAACGCCAUGUCAUUAAGUUUGGAUGCGUUUCUAGCCUUACCAGUUGAAAGUCUGGGGCAGGAGUACAUCACAGGCAGCUACAAAGCCUGUUUAAGUUUUCAUCCUGCAUUUGUAGGACUAAUCGGGAUUCAAAACAGUACGCAUGUCGAAAUAACUCCUCCCCCAGACAAGAGUAUAAUAGUAAUGGGUGUCACAGUAAGUUCAAAGACACAUAUCGUUCUGGACAGACUUGAGACCAUUCAAAUACAAUCUUCCAGCGACAUUACAGGUACGAGGAUUAAUUCGACAAAACCACUGUCAGUAAUGUCAGGCAAUAUGUGCAGCAAUAUUCCUUGUGGGGUUAGGGCCUGUGAUCAUUUGGUGGAACAGAUGUAUCCAGUCGAUAGAUGGGGCUAUACGUACAUAGUUGUUCCAUCAGCUUACCGGCAGAGUGGGGAUAUUGUCCGCAUUGUAGGCAGUACUGAUGACACCUUGGUCCGCAUAACCGGUAUCUCGCGUUUAAUGCUUAAUAGAUCCGAGUUCUUUGAAUUUAUGGUAUUGAAGAACGCUCCUGUAUUUCUCAAUGCGAGUAAGCCGAUUAUGGUGUUGCAGUUUACGCAGAGCCAUGGAACGGAUAAUCUGGACAGUGAUCCUUACAUGAUGGUUGUGCCUGCCAUAGAACAAUUCACGUCCAGUUACACCAUCGCUACCGCCAAUCUUCCUGAUAAAGUUUACAAAAACUUCGUCAAUGUAGUCAUCAAGAACAGUUCUAAAGAAGGCCUCAGAGUUGAUGGAGCCGCUCUCAAUGGUGUUACAUGGCUAGCCAUUCCCGGAACAGACUUUAUUGCUGCUCAGCUGAGUGUUACUGCGGGCACACAUCGCAUAGAGCAUAUUUCUCCUAUCCAGACUUUCUCAGUAUUCUCCUACGGGUUUGCUGAAUCCGUUUCUUAUGGCUAUCCAGGAGGGAUGAGACUGGCAAACCUGGACGUGACCAAAUGUUUACCGAAUACUGGUCAGCCGGCAGAUGGCGUUGAUAACGACUGUGACAUGAAAAUUGACGAAGAACUCCUUAAUGGUAUUGACGAUGACGACGAUGGCGUAAUUGAUGAGGAUUUGUCUUCCCUACCGCCGGAUGUGGACUUUCCUAAAGAUACAGUAAUUGUUUCAGGCGACGCGUCAGUUACCCAUACCAUAACGAUCGAAGCUGGCACCCCAAAUGCGACUGGUUCUGAGCGCUGUGUUGCCUAUCGCGAUAUCACCAUUAACUACACAGAUACGACCAAUGAUAACGGCUGUGGGGUGGACAUCAAGCGCACGUGGCUCGUGCAGGACGGGUGUGGGAACAUCGUGCGGUCAGUUCAGACCAUAUUUGUUUACAAUUCAUGGCAAGCUCUCCGGGCACAUCCUGGACAGAACUGUACGGGGAUGGUGGAGGUAGUGGGGUGCAAUGACACUGCAGACGGUGGGUUCUCAGUUUAA